AUGUCUUUCACACGUGUGGCUAGAAGAUUCCACUCAUCGUCGAUCCCUCAAAUGCCACCGAUCAACAAACCAAGUCCUGGAAUUUAUGAUAUCGUCGUUAUCGGCGGUGGCUCUGGUGGCUUGGGCGCUGCCAGACGCUCAGCUCAAUAUGGCGCUAAGGCUGCAAUCAUCGAAGCUCAACCAAAACUUGGUGGCACAUGCGUCAACGUUGGCUGCGUUCCAAAGAAGAUUAUGUGGCACGCUGCAGAUCUAGCACACCAUGUGAACCACUCCCGCUACUACGAACUGGCUCAGGACGUUUCUGAAUCAUACACUCCCCACAAACCCAGAUUCGCUUGGUCUGAUUUUAAGCAAAAACGCGACGCUUAUAUUCAUCGCUUAAACGGCAUUUAUGAUAGAAAUGUUGAAAAGGACGGCGUGGAGUAUCAUCAUGGUUGGGGUGCUAUCAACAACCACCAAGGCACAUCAGUUUCUGUUAAAAAGGACGACGGCAGCUCUUACGAAAUUCCAACAAAGAAUGUCGUCAUUGCUGUUGGUGGUCACCCUCGCAUCCCUUACGAAAUUCCAGGUGCACACCUCGGUAUCACCUCAGAUGGCUUCUUCGAAUUAGAACAUCAGCCACGCAGAGUCGCUGUUGUCGGUGCUGGCUACAUUGCCGUUGAAUUGGCCGGCGUGCUUAACUCCCUCGGCUCUGAAACCUCCCUUCUCAUAAGACAAGAUAAGGUGUUGAGGAAUUUCGACUCUAUUAUCCAGGAUACUGUGACGAGUGAGUCUCAGCGCCAAGGAAUCAACUUAGUCAAGCACACAAAUGUUAAGAGCAUAGAGAAGACAAGUAGUGGUUUGUUGGUCCACACGGACAGCUCCACAAACCCACUAGAAGUUGACUGUCUGCUCUGGGCAGUUGGCAGAGAACCUGAAACUGACAAAGCUGGAGCUAAAGUUGCAGGCGCACAGACUGAUUCAAAGAACAACAUUCUCGUUAACAAGUACCAGUCUGUCCAAUUAGAUGAGAACACUUACUCGAAGAACGUUUUCGCUUUGGGUGAUGUACAAGGAAAAGCUGAAUUGACACCAGUCGCUUUGGCCGCUGGUAGAAGACUCGGUAAUAGACUAUAUGGACCUGCUGAGCUCAAGGAUGAUCACCUCAACUAUGAAAACAUCCCAUCUGUCAUCUUCUCACAUCCUCCAGCUGGAUCGGUCGGUUUGAGUGAGGAUGAUGCCAGAAAGCAGUUUGGUGAUAGUGUGAAGGUGUACACGUCCAAGUUCACUUCCAUGUACUACUCAAUGUUCCCUCAAGAGGAGAAGGAGCCAAGUGCUUUCAAGUUGAUUGUCGUCGGCAAGGAAGAAAAGGUUGUUGGUUUGCACCUUGUAGGACAAGGCAGUGAUGAAAUGUUGCAAGGAUUUGCAGUAGCUAUCAAGAUGGGUGCAACAAAGAAGGAUUUCGAUAAUACUGUAGCUAUUCAUCCAACAGCUGCAGAGGAAGUUCCAAUAUCUUUUAUGAUGCAAUCAAGACGACCUCUCCGGUUGUGA